AUGGUAGCACCUAUCAUCCCUACAAUGCCCGCUGGCAUCCCACUCGCAGCCCUUACAACCAUCGAUUUCCAAAAGCUGCGAUCCGAUGACGCGGACGAGAAGCAGAAGCUCUGGCAAGCAGCCACAGAAGCAGGUUUCUUCUAUCUAAACUACGAGAACAUGCCUGAGUUUGAGGACCUCGCCGCUACCGUCAACGGCAUAUACAAACUAGAGCAUGAACUCUUCGACCUUCCAGACGAAUUCAAGAUGAAUUACGACGUGGAUAAACAAGGAACCAUGAAACUGAGUGGUUACAAGCCCAUUGGCAGAAACAUAGGCGGCCUACCCGGAAACCGAGAUGGACAUGAAAGCUGGGCUAUCCCCAAAAACGCCAUCUUCAACCUCAACCCCACCCAAUACGCAUACCCACCUCUCCUAUCCUCCCACCUCCCCCUCGUCCAAACCUUCAUGCACCACGCCCAAACCCUCACAAAAACCAUCUACACCACCCUCUCCACCCAGCUCAACCUACCCAACCCCUCCCGCCUCGAACACUCCCACCGCCCCACACACCCCUCCCCCUGCAUCCUGCGCCUCCUAAAAGUGCACGCGCAACCCCUCUCCGAACGCGGUAUCGUACACACACCCCACACCGACAUAGGUUCCCUAACCGUUCUCUUCUCCAACGAACCCGGUUUACAAAUCCUUUCCCCCAACCCCACCGCCGCCGCGGAUCGGGUUUCGGACUGGGAGUUUGUCGCCCCCCGCGCAAACUGCGCUAUUGUUAACCUGGGGGAUGCGCUGGCUAUGUUGACGGGGGGAAGGACAAAGUCGGCGUUGCAUAGGGUUGGGCCGUUGCCUGGGCAGGCGAUGGGGACGCGGUUUUCGUUUGCGUAUUUGCAGCGGCCGGAGAUGGGGACCAAGGUUAGGGUGAUGGGGGAGAGUGACGAAGAGGAGGAGGUGCUGAUUGAGGAGUGGAUUGGAAGGAAGUUUGGAGUGUUGAGGAAGGAGACAUUUAGAAGGGGGGAGGAGUGGGUUCUUACAGGACGGAAGGGGAAGGGUGGUAUUGCAACUUAG